UACUUUAAGUCCUGGUGAUCACAUAAGUGCGAUAAAAGCUUAUAAGCCUGGCUUGGCUAUUGUUAAAGGUAAUGAAUAUUCUAUUGUUGGUCAACCAAGCAAAAAAGAAAUUGACGACAUAGAAGAAAAAUUAAGAAAUCUUGAUUUUAGUAAAAAUGCUGAAUUAAGUAAACGAGAUGAAGGUAGGUUAUUAAACGAAGUUCACAGUAUGUCCAAGCGAGUCUAUACUUAUUUAACAAGAAAUCCAGUAUUGGAUGAUCCAGCCAUCGAAAGUUAUUUUAAAAAUUCAGAAGAUAAAACUAAAAAAGCUUUAAGUGAAAUAAGAAAGGGCUAUAAGGAAUAUAAUAACAAUAACGGUACAGGACUUAAACAAAAAACUGCCGAAGCCAAAGGUGAAGCUUACCGAAUUCUUCGAGUGCAUAAACUAGAAGGGUUAGAUGAUAAAAAAAUAGAAGAAUGGAAUGAAAACAAAAUCCGUGAAAAGAUUAGAAGUUCUGAAGCCAUUGCUAAAGACUUAGAAGCUAUGUUAAGAGAAAUUUUAAAAG